AUGAGCUCCUCUUACAGACGCAGCUUUUGCCUCGACUGGUCACCAGCUCCGGUUAGGGCGCCGCUCUGCCAGCCUGCGCUCGCCUACCUCUGUCGGUAUGCCCGGUUCAUCUGCCACCUUUGGUCUCUGCACAGGUGCCCUCCAAUCAAGGCGGUCCGUUGGCGUGUCCGGCUCGCCUGCAACGGUCUCAAUCCCAUGCAGGCUUGCGUGACGCCAGAAGACCGUUCCACACGGUCGCCCUUUUCUGAACUUCAGCAACAGGCUGCUUUUGCCCACUCCGGUCAGCUUGCGCCAAAUCCGCCCGGCCUGUUCUGGCGGCUCGAGUCGCCAGUCUCCAAGGCGCCGGCUGCUGCUGAGGCCUGGCGUGCUGUGGAUCAAGCUGCACUCGAGCUAGACAAGGAGAUGGCCAGCAGACAACGACAGCGGGUAAUUGUGACGAAAAUUUUGGACAGUUACUUUUUCAGGACUCAUUGA